AUAUGCACGAGUUGAAAAAUACAAGGACGUAGUCAACUGGCUACGGUUGGGAACACUGGUAUUAUUUUCUACUGGCUAGCUAACGUUGCAUUUAUCCGCCAUCAAGCUUCGAUGACCCAUGAACCAUUAUUCUACAGCUGAACAACGCAAUUGAAAUGCUUCCUGCGAGACCAAUUUUUAAAACCGCACGGCACAUGUAUAUAAGGUUACUUACUCCCCGUCUGGCUAGCUAACGGCUAGCUAGCUAGAGUUAACUAUAACGCUGUCUACGUAGCUAGCGAAAUUAAACAUCACAUAAACUCCCACGACGCAACGGAGCGGGUGACGGAAAUAAUUCGGCCGACAACAAAUGCUCUUAAUUUACCUCGUAAAGUUAGCUACUAGGGAUGCAGUUAGCCUAUAACCUUUCAGGGAUUAGCUAGCUACUGGUUUAAGCCUGCAAGCUGCUGUUGUGUUGCCUUCCUUCCUGUUAACGUUAGCGGUUGUUACCUAGCCAUUUGUAUUAACCUCGAAAAUAUUCGCAGUUAUAGCCAAGAUAUUCUUAUAUAAAUAAUGUUACAACUACCCAAAUACGGCAUCGUCGGUUUUAUUUUCGCGUUCAUAUUAACGUUAUUGCUGCCAGACAUUGAGUGCAAUCACCCUACAGUAAUAUUUACGAGGAUGGGAAACUUUACAUCAACUUCCUCUGUGGGUUUAUCGAGCGCGGCUUCUACUCAAUUCGUACAGGAUGUGAUCACCCACAACUGUGUUGUGAUAUUCUCGAAGACCACUUGUCCUUAUUGUAAGAUGGCGAAGAAUGUAUUCAACGAAAUAGGUGCUACAUAUAAAGUAAUUGAAUUGGAUAGACACAAUGAUGGGAGGCGGCUUCAAGAGGCACUUGCACAAAUAACAGGUGCCCGAACGGUGCCAAGAGUGUUUAUCAAUGGAAACUGCAUUGGAGGAGGCUCUGAUACCAAGGAACUUCAUCAACAAGGGAAACUUUUACCCCUGAUUGAGCAAUGCUGUUUAAAUAGUGGGAUUGAGGGCUCUGGGAGUGGUCAGUUUGAACCUAACACACUUUAAAUAAAGUUUUAGAUUAAUUUAUGCUCCAAGUGUUCUACAUCUCCAUAAUUGUGUAUUUAUUGGAAUAUUUUCUUAAACCAGUGUUUCAGUUAAGUUUACAUUAUUUACUUAAAAGGCUAUGUAUUGUACUCAUCAGUAUUUCUUUUUUAGAAAAUGGUCAUUUCUCCAACUUUUUGCAAAUUGUACAGUGCUGAACACAUUUGUCAAUAGGAAAGCAUAUAAAGAAGAAUUAUUUUAAGGGAUAUUGUAAAACUAAAUUGUGAAAGUGGAUAAGCAUAUUUUAAAGCUUUAUCCCCCAAACAUAUGUAGCAUUUACAAUACUCUUUGUACCACAAAUGUUUUGUAUGUGUCAUGUCCAAACAGCACUCCCUUUGUCAGCUGCAGCACACAAUGAACAUUCACAAUUGUAAAAUGAUUCUUUGAUGCUGGCAUGAAUAAAUAAAUUACCGUUUUAUUCGUGGAAAAAUACCACAGAAUAAAGGGUUUUAGAAUAAAGCGGGAAGAGAGACCUCUAAUGGCUGGAAAGCUUAGGUAUAGGUUAACUUGCUUUAAAAUAAAAGAAAAACUGGCUUAUGUCAUCCAAA